CAUGGCCGCCACGAGGUCGAGAUCGAGCUCGCGGCCAUGUCUUCGACGUUCGGCCCAGCGUACACCCAGCUCCGAACGCCCCGUACAAGCACGGACGCGUCGCUGCUUCCCGAAGACGACGAAGCGUCGCGAUCGACUAGCAGCAAGAUGGGCGCGACGCGGCCUCAAGCUAUACAUCAGCUGCGCAUCGACUGCUCUACGAUGCAGCACGAUGCCACUCCGGCGCCCGAUGCUGUCGUGGCCACGGACCGCGUGUACCGCGAGCGCUCACAGCGGGGCAUGACGCUUGUGUACGCGCCGACGAUCCGCGAGCAGCUGCAAGCGCACAUGACGAGCCGUGUCGGUGUCUACCUCGAGCUCAUCAACACGUCGUUCAGCGUCCUCUGCUGCCUCUUCUACCUCUUCCAGGUAAGAAAUGAUCUCGAGAAUCAUCGUCAACUCACAUGCUCCAAGCUCUACGCGCCGACAAUGUACGAUGCUCUGCAGAUCCAAGUCGUCGAAAUCACGCUCACGUGCUACUUUGCGCUGCAUUACCUCUUGCAUCUGUACACGACCGAGGACGUGUGGCAAUUCGUUUUGUCGAUGAAUGGUGUCAUCGACGUUAUUACAAUCGUACCGGCCUUUAUCAUGUUUUUGAGCACGACCCACAACUCGAAAGCGCUCACAAUCUUCCGCGUCUUUCGCGUCUUUCGCGCGCUGCGCGUGCUUCGGCUCUACCGUCUCAUUCGCAGCCGCAAGCACGGCUACAACUACGAGUGGGGCGUCUUUACGUUCUCGAUCUGCGCCAUCAUCUUUGUCGCCGCGGGCAUUUUCCAGGCGCUUGAAGACUACCCGGAGCGCAGCCGCAGCAUCCAAUUCCACGACGCCCUCUACUUUAUUCUCGUGACCUUGGCCACGAUCGGGUACGGCGACAUUGUCGCGACCACCACCUUGAGCGAGAUCUUCGUGAUGGUACUCAUCGUGGCGGUCGUGACCGUGGUCCCGAGCCAGCUCACGCGCCUGAAUGCGCUUCAUAAGCCGCGCUACGCCCACGACGACGCGUACCGAGGCCGUCCGAAGAAAAGCCACGUGGUUGUCGCGGGGCACAUUGCCCACGAAGCCUUUGCGGACUUUCUCACCGAGUUUUACCACCCGAGUCGCGGCAUUGUGGACUUUGAGGUCGUCGUGCUCGGUCGGGACGCACCCUCGGACGUCAUGACGCGCCUCCUUGGCAACGUCGCGUACGCAGCCAAAACGACGUACCUCAAAGGCUCGUUGAUGCUCGAGAAGGACCGGUCUCGUGUCCGCCUCGAUCACGCCGAGGCAGUGUUCGUGCUCGCAAAUCGGCAGUCGGCUGAUCACGCCGCCGAAGACGCCUCGACGCUGCUGCAGGCGCUUAGCGUGCGGAAUUACGCCGAUAGCACGGGCCGGCGCGUGCGCACGUACCUGCAAAUGAUUGCCGACGCGCACCACGACCUCUCGCACAUCAUUGGUGCGACGCAGACGCUGCAUACGAACCGCAUGAAGGACGACAUUGUGGCACGUGGCACCGUGUGCCCCGGGGCCUGCGCGCUCAUUCUCAACCUCAUCCAGUCGAUCGACCAGAAAAAGUCCAAAAACAUGUUCUCGGGCCCGCGCCGUGGAUCCAAGAGCCGGCAAAUCUACGCGAUCGUCUUUUCGGAAGCGUUUGACGGGCACCUCUUUCAAGACGUAGCGCGGCGCAUCUACGACGGUUUUGAGAGCAUCUUGCUGGCCGUCUACCGCCGCGAUAAGGACGAAGGCCACCCCCGCGUGUGCCUUGGUCCGUUCCACAAGCCGAUCCGUGAAGGGGACAUUGGCUUUAUCGUCGCGUCCUCCUCUUAUGUCGUGCACCAAAUCCUCACCGACUACAGCAUGCUGGUGGACAAUGAAGCCGACGACGCCACGUCCCGAUCGCGCUCGACGUCGUUCCGGCACCACCCGCUCAUUUCAACUAGCAACCUACUCCACCGGCAGUCGCCGCUGCACCAGCGCCUUAGCCAGUCGAUUCGGUCGCCGACCGAGCAUGGGCGCUUUGGCUUCGAUUCGGUCAUGUCACUGGACGAAGCCAUUCACCACGCGACGAGGAAGUCGACCAAGUCGCUCUCGGAGCAUAUUGUGCUCUGCGGGUCCCUUCGCCAUAUCGUGCCCGUCAUCCACCGUCUUCGGCGCAUGUACUACCAGCUUGACGGUCAGUACCCGUCGCUCGUGUUGCUUUGCGACACGGCGCCGACACCCAAUGACUUUCCAGCCGACUAUGUGCUGCCAAGCCACGUGCAUUUUGUCAUGGGGAGUUCGCUGCGGUGCGCCGACCUCGUUCGCGUCGGCGCGCCCAAGGCCAAAGCCGUCCUUCUCUACCCGUACGACUCGCAGCAGCAUUUUCGAAACGAGAGCAAUGCAGAUGAGAGCAGCGACACUACCCUCCUCGACUAUGGCGUCGUGACGUCGCUGCUGUGCUUGGAAACGGCAAGCGACCUCGCCCACGUCGCGCUCAACGCCGAGUCGGCGGCGGCCCAAGACGACUUGGUGUUUUACGCCUCGAAUCGCGUGCCGCUCUCGGCGGUGCAGGACCACUUGGUUGGUCACUACCCGAAUUUGAACCCGGCGCUCUUCCGUGGCACGUCGUCAAUUCAAAGCAUGAGCGCGCGCUUGCGGCAACACUCGGCGGCCGAGACGCCCGAGUCCCACGAAGUACCUUGCGUCGCCGUCCUCACGCGGGGCAGCAACAUCAAGUUUUGCCGCCCACGAGACAUCCACGUGUGCGCGGACGACCUCCCGUACCUGGCGCCGGCCUACGCUGCAGGGCGCGUCUUUGUCGAUAGCCGCCUCGACUUGCUCUUGUGCCAAGCGUUCUACAACCCGUACAUCACCGAGGUCAUCCACGCGCUCGCAGGCUCCGAGACGGACGCGCCGAUUUUGCGCUUGCUCGAGCUGCCGCCGGCGCUUGUCGGCCUCACCUUUGGCGACUUGGUGCUGCGCAUGCUCUCCAGCGACGCGAUCGUGCUCGGGCUCUAUCGGUGUCCACACAAGCGCCUUGGCAACUUGCUGCCGUACGUGUACACGUCGCCGCCCCACGAGACCCGCCUCCACUCGAAAGACAAGAUGUUCAUUUUGGCGCGCGAGGCCAUCUAA